AUGGCGACGGCCUCGCCUUUGCUGACUCAAACGGCGCCUCCCUUCGUCAUGGGGCAAGCAAGACGAGGGAGAAGUGCGUCGCCUGGAUCCCGGCGCGGGAACUCGGAUCUCGCCUUGUCUUCCUUUGCUUGUGUGCCUCCUUCCUACCCCGCUUUUGCUCAGCCUCCCUCGCUCUUCCCCCCUUCGUGCGCGUCUCUGUCGUCCUUCUUCCCCUUCUCGCCGCAGCAUGCUUCUCCGCCCUCGUCUUGUCAGCUCCGGUCGCUGGUUCGCAGCGACAGCCGGGAGUCUGGAGCUCCCGAGCCUGGCAAAGAGGGCAAAGGCGCGCUGCUGUCUCCGCUUUCGCGCACCUUUUCCGCGUCAGAAGGCGCCUCUGCCGAGCUGCCUUGCGAGAUGACCACGAGGGCGAGCACGGCGAAGGAGAUCGACGCCGAGUUUUUUGCAGAGAUCGAGCGUUUCGUGGAGGCUGAGGAAGAGGGACACACGGAAGAAGUCGAAGGCGCGGGCGCCCCAGAGCUGUGGAGGCCCAGGAUCCGGGAGAUGCAGAGCUUCCCGUGGGCUGCUGGGAACAGCCUCACGUGGGAUCGCCAGAAAUUGAAACCGGAGAGAGAGAGAAGGGAGGGAACCGUGUUGCUGCCGCGCUUCGCUGCUCCUCCUCUCUCGUGUUUUCCUCCCUCGAGAAGUCCCCUUUGCUCCGCCUUCAAGGACACUUCUUCCGGCGAACCAGAGACCGAUGGCGACCCGCACACAGAGAGGCUGUGCCUCGCAGUCUUCACGAUUGACCAGUCGCAUUCUCGCUCUUCUCUGCCUCCCCGCAUCUGUUCUGCUUGCUCUCCGUCUUCCUCACCUUCGUCUUCUCCGUCAGACUGUCCUCUCCAAGAUUUGCCUUUUCCCUUUCCGGAUUCGUCGGAACUCCCUUCUCCAGCUGUGAGCCCCGCUCGCGCCGAUCCUUCGUCUUCCCGGCCUUCCCUGCGGCCACUGUCUCCACCGGGCGCGACCCGCCGGGCGCUUGCGGUAUGCGGAGAGGUGGCGCAUGCAGUCGGCAGCAAAGAAGACGAGGAAGAGUCGAGCAAAGAAGACGAGGAAGAGUCGAGCAAAGACACGUUCAUCACGUCUUCCGUCUUCUUCAAAGAGCAGCGCUUCUUCUCCAGCAUUUCCUGGGCGAUGUUCUUCCUCGGCGUCGGCGUCUUCCUGCCGUGGAACUGCCUCGUGAUGGAAAUGGCUACUUUCGACGUCGCCUACUUCCCCACCUUUCCUUGGACUGAAGCAGCCACUCAGGUCCGAACUGCAUGCUUCUUUCUCGGCCAGCUGCUGCUCCUGUGGCUGGGGCCGCGUCUCCAGCUGAUUCAACGAACCGUCAGCACUCUGAUCUUCUCGAGUCUCACGACCGUCGCGCUCGCGAUGGUUGCCGCGUGGAUCCCGGAAAACCCGGCCUUCCACAUCUGCUGCGUCUUGAGUGGCAUCAUCGGCGUCCAAGGUUCGCUUCUCCACGCCAGCGUGUACGUCCUCCACGCCGUCAUUCACCACGAACUCGCUGUCGACUGGUCGAUAGGCGGCGGUCUGGCGGGCCCUCUGACAGCUCUCCUGGCGUUUCCCCUCUACUUUUUGUUGCCCGCCUCGAAGCAGGGACAGCGCCUCGGCACGCUCGCUCUCUUCAGCUUCUCCGCUCUCUGGUCCUUGCUCGCGGCCGGCGCGGUCUGCCUCGGCGCCCGCCACCCGCUGGCCUCCGCGGCGCUCCUGCGGCAAGAAGCCGAGGUGCGGCGGAAGCAAGAGGAGGGGCUCUCGCGGUCCCUGAGUUGGUCGAGCGCCUCGGGCCACAUUGCGCGGCUCUCUCGGUCGCUCUCCUGGUUCGGAAGCGAGAGAGAGAACGGUCGCGAUGGGGCGUCCGAGGCGUCAAGCCCAGGAGACCGAUCCGCGCGGCCAGUCGACGGAAAGGGCCACCGGGCGCGAGAACGGUGGCAGGAGACAGAGAACAAGGAUCUGACUGUGGGGGAGGUUGCGGCCGAAGUCGAGAAGGCUGCGAUCGCCGGCGAGGAGACGCCCUACAUUUUGGGGUCAGGCCGAGCGCAGGUGCCGGAGCCUCGCGAGAAACUGGGCGAAGACGCGCCGCUGCUGGCUCUGGGGAUGCCUCCGUCGGUCAGCGAGGAAGAAAACGUCCGAGACUCGGACGAACACCGCGUUGCGGCUUCCCAGAAGGCGCUCUUUGGAGCGUCAUGGCGGCGCCGAGAUGUUUUCUGGGCGAUUCGCGCGAACCUCGUCACGUGCUUCCUCCUGUUCCUCUCGACCUACCUGGUCUACCCCGUCAAGACCGAGCACCUGCUGCCAUCGAGUUCCCUCGACUUUGUUCUCUUCCAGAUGAUUCUCGUGGCGUGCUUCCAAGCUGGAAAUGUCCUCGGCCGCCUCUGCGUGUUCUGGGGCUGUCGCGCGGGCUUCGCCUGGCUCCUGCCUCUGGUCCUCCUGCGCCUGUUCCUCAUUCCGCUCUUCUUCUUCCUCGACGGCUCGCUGGUUCUCCCCUCGUCCUGGUUCAGCAGCCACCUCGCGUCGCCCGCAGCCGCCGCGGUCGCCGAGACCGACAUGCCGUCGCAGGCGAGCGCCUUCAUGAUUCCGCCGCCAGAGUCGGCGGCGUUGGGGCCUUCCCCUGGCGCCUUCCUAUCGCCCGCGACCUCCGAAGCCGCAGCCUCGGGGCGACACUUCUCCCAGCUCCUCUCCGCAAACCAGGCUCUCCUCACCGACGCUUCCCUCUUCCUCCUCAUGAUGCUCUUUGCCACCCUGCACGGCUGGCUGUCGGUCCUCGGCGCCUUCUACGCCACUCAGGUCCCGCCCUCCACCCCACAAAAGGAGACAGCGGCCUAUCUGAUGUGCGUCGCCGAGAGCUGUGGAGUCGCCGUCGGGGUGGCCCUGUCGGUUCUCUGGGCCUCGCUGGCGGGCGAGCACCCGCUCUCGCCCCACAAGGCCUCGGCGCACGCCGUGCGAGGCCUCAGUCGGCUCGGAUCUGCCGGAGAAGGCUCACUCGCCAGUCUCCAUGGCGCCGCCGGCGCAGAGACACUUGGGGCGACAGCCGCCGGCUGGUACGCCGCAGGCGGGACAGGCGCUGCGACCGGCGCAGCCGCGCUCGGCCCACACGUCGACACAGAGAGAAGCAUUGGGCUCCAGAGAGUCCCGAAACUCGGGUAG